GCAUCGUUUCCUAUUAAGUGACAAUUAUCUGUCCAGGUGCUACCUACGUGCAAACCGAAACAGCACGUGAAUGUGGGGAAAGGGAUACCCUAUGCUCAGGAGCAGGCUCCAUGGCUCAUCUGACCCAGUUCAGACAGACCCCAGACACCACCGAGCUGGAGGCAUGGAACAGCAGGUUCACGCAGGAGGAGAACAAGUCCUUGUACCCUCCGGCAGUGGCCAACCCCUUCAUUCAGCAAACACACUUCAGCGCCUGGCGCUGGGCCUGCUUCCUCCUCCUCGGGUCGGUGCUGGUACCCGUGCGCGUGUCCUGCAUCGCCUUCAUCUUCAUCAUUCUCUGGCCCAUGGUCACGCUCUUCACCAUUAGCUUCCCUACCCAACCCACCAAGCCCAUGAAGAGCUGGAGGAAACAUGUGAUGAAGCCAGCCCUCGUGUUCUUGUUUCGUAUGAUAUUCUUUUUCUUGGGGUUCCUGGUGAAGGUGAAAGGGAAAAGGGCCACCAGAGAGGAGGCCCGCAUCUUCGUCACCGCCCCGCACUCCUCCUUCUUUGACGCGAUCGCCGUUGUGGUGGCUGGGCUUCCUUCAGUGGUCUCCGCGAGCCAGAACGUCCAUAUCCCUUUGGCUGGGAAGUGCCUGCUGUCAACUCAGCCUGUGCUUGUGCAACGAGAAGACCCAUAUUCCAGAAAGACCACCCGGAACGAAAUCCUGAACCGAGUGACAUCCAACAUGAAGUGGCCCCAGAUUCUGAUUUUCCCGGAAGGAGUGUGCACCAAUCGCUCCUGCCUUGUCACGUUUAAACUAGGCGCCUUCUCCCCAGGUGUCCCUGUGCAACCAGUGCUGCUGAGGUACCCCAACACCCUGGAUACUGUGACCUGGACGUGGCAGGGGUUCACGGGUUUCCAGGCAUGCAUGCUGACUCUGAGUCAGCCCUUCACCAGGGUGGAAGUUGAGUUUAUGCCUGUUUACAUCCCAAGUGAAGAAGAAAAGAAAGACCCCAUCCUUUUUGCCAACACAGUUCGAAUCAACAUGGCCAACGCGCUGAGGCUGCCUAUCACGGAUCACACUUUCGAAGACUGCCGACUGAUGAUUUCUGCUGGUGCCCUUCAACUACCCAUGGAAGCUGGCUUGGUGGAGUUUACAAAAAUCAGCCAGAAGUUGAAUUUAGAUUGGGAUAAUAUCCACAAUCACUUGGACAGAUAUGCUGCGAUUGCAGUUGCCUCAAAAGGAGGCAAAAUCGGAAUUGAAGAGUUUUCCCGUCAUUUAAAACUGCCGAUUUCUGAGCCCUUGAGACAGCUUUUCUCUCUUUUUGACAGGAACCACGACGACUCCAUAGACUUCCGAGAGUACGUGAUAGGGCUGACUGUCCUGUGCAACCCUGCCAACAUGGAGAAGAUUCUGCAGAUGUCAUUUAGGCUUUUUGAUCUUGAUGAGGAUGGCUUUAUAACAGAACAGGAACUGACAACUAUACUCCGGGCAGCUUUUGGGGUACCAGACCUAGAUGUCUCCACACUCUUUGAGCUGAUGGCUGGCAAAGAGUCAGCUCAAGUUUCCUACAGGAACUUCAGGAAGUUUGCUUUGAGUCACCCAGUAUAUGCCAAGUUAUUUAAUUCCUACCUCGACCUCCAGUCAGCCUACGUAUACUCAUUGCCACAGGAAGCAAAAGCACAGCCACAGCACUAAGAUGUCCACGCAGUUCCUGGUGAGAGAGGAAGAACUUUUACGUGGAAAUGAUGAACUAAUUAAAAAUUAUUUGAGGAAAAACUCAGUGGUUGUUUUUCUAAGUAGCACGGAUACUGUCCUCAAGAAGCAACUUGGGGAGGAAAGUUUGUUUGACUUGUCUUCUGGUCACAGUCCAUCACUGAGGAAAGCCAGGGCAAGCGCUCAAGCAGGAACAGAGACAGGAACCAGGAAGAGGUGCUGCUUACUGGCUUGCUCACUUUCUUGUACAGCCCAGGCCCACUUGCCCAGGGAAGGUAGCACUCACAGUGGGCUGGGCCCUCCUGCAUCAGUGAGUGAUCAGGAAAAUGCCCACAGCCUGUCCACAGGAUGGUCUGAUGGGGAGAUUUCUCAGAUUGUCUUCUCCCCUCUUCCCAAAUGGCCCUAGUUAGUGUUAAGUUGGCAGAAACUAACCAGCACAGAUACUUACUUAUGUUUAAGAUAUGCUGAAGGGACUAUUUCAGUUAGGCUUUUCUAGUACUUUACCCCGUUAAGAUAAUGUUUGUUGGGCACAGUGGCACAUACAUGCCUAUAGUCCCCUCUAUCCAGAAAAUAGAGGCAGGAGCAUGGCUUUACA